GUGUCCGACAUGUUCUGGGUGUGUCCGGUUAAAAAAAAAAUUUAAAUCGGACACGCGUGUCGGACAGCGUGUCCGGCUAUUUCAUAAUUUAAAUUAAAAAAAAAAGAAAAACACAUCUAAUAUGCCGGUUCAUUCCCGAGUCCGCCCUAAUCCCGCGUUCAUUCGAGCGAUAGAUAGAGGCAGCGGAGCGCGACUCACGAACAGCCGAUCGAGAUUCUUCCAGGCUCCAGCCCGCAUCAUCACCUUCAGCUUCCGGCUGUCCCGAGCAGGCGAGCUUCCGGCCGUCCCAUUUCUCAUUCUUCCUUCUGCGUGCUGCCGACCGAGCCAUCGCCUGGAAAAAAAUUUCUGUGGUGAUGGCAAUAAAAUCUGCAGGAGGAGAUCAGGCAGUUCGCCAGACCCUCCUCCGUGCUCAAGAACUUUACAUUAACAGAGUGCGAGCAGACGCCGCCGCCGACGAGUUAGCCUCCGUGUUUGCAGAAUGCGCGAUUGCCGAAGCUCAGCCGCCGAAUCCUGUUCUACCUCCCCCACUGGAACAGAUAAAUGCAACUAACCCAACCUUGUUGCAAGAUGCAAGUGACACUUCCAUACUUGCACAGAGUGGCAGAAUGCAGAUCAUGUUAGAUGCGUUCGCCGAUGGGAGCAGCUUCGUCUGUCUCAAAUGCGGCGGACUCGUUAGUAAUCAUCGCAAGGAUGAGCAUUUUAUGUAUUGGUGUGGCUAAGGCGACUGGUGUUCAUCACUGUAUCUGUCUUUUGGCUGGUUAUCUGAUAUAUCCUAGUGGCCAUAUUUAGAGUCAGAGAUGUGCUUGAGCAGUGUAAUAGGCUAAUGUAGUUUUCUCUGAGGUUUAUUAGCAAUUUUUAUGAAGUAGCAGCGUGUCUAUAAAGGCCUUCUAUUGCUAUAAUUCAUGUGAACCAAUAAGUAGUUUGUGAGUUGGGGAUGCUGAAGGCUCUAAUGACUAGAUAUGAUGGCUCAGUGUCCCUUUGAAAUGAUCUGUGAGACUUAUCUUCUUGCGUUUGCUAGAACAAAUGUGGCCUUAUUCCUCUGAGAAAACUCUCAUCAGUUUUACAAAUAAUAUAUUUGCAUAUUAUAUUGCCA